AUAUAUUUUAGUGAUCCCAUUGGGGUCAUUCGGUGCACUACAGCAUCACAUCAAGUGUACGAAAUGUAGAAAAAAUGCACGAAACUAUAAAUAAAUAAAUAAAUAAAAAUAAGACAGUAGCCUGCCUAUAUCAAUCUGUGCAUCACACGUUACUACAUUCAAUUUAAUUACUGAUUGCCAGCGGUUUUAUCUUAAUAUAUAUAUAUAAAAAUAAAUAGCCCUAAACAGUAAUACGCUACGUUACAAUCUCUUAAAAAAAAUUUCAUUGUCAUUUAUGGUUUACUCCGCAGCUUCACGAUUUACAUGAUUUAGAAGGUAUUUUUUUAAAGGGACACUAAAAUGCGUUGUAAUUCGCACAAUCGAGGUUUGCCCCAUUCAUUCAGCAAGUGCACUCCGUGAAGCAACGCGGCGUGUUUUAUACCCCUCGGUUUCCCACUGCAAAAAGGGGGAUGAAGGAAUCCACGUAGGAGUGUCCCAGGGCCCUCCUCAAACAGAAAAGCCCUUGUGAACGCUCACACUGGGGGUUCUUACUUGUUGACCACGUGACGUGUAUCCAAGGAUAGCCCAAACUUGGGAGACCGCCGAGAAAUGGACACGUUUCCAGCACGCUGCACCGGAGAAACGCGCAAAUGGAGAUACAUGAAUAAGGGGCUUUCUUCAAUGCCGUGAGAAUCUGGAAAUAACUUUAGGACCCUUCGGUUUCAUGAGUUACAGCAAAAAUGUCUGUAAAGCUGGAACUUUCUUAACAAUGACUGAUCUCCUUUUGUUCGUGGAAAUAACGGGCUAGCCUAUGAAGUGUUAUCAAGUAAUAACUUAAUAGUGUAAUUAGCGCUUUCACUCACGCACUUCUUUGGAGUCUUGACAUAAACGCAGGGACAAUGUGUGCCAGACGCGAUCAUUCAGGAUGCUCCAGAUGAACUACUGGAGACCCGUUCAGUCUUUAAGAUGAAUUGAACCCAGGUUCUGACAUGAGAUGAACCCAAAACGGUUGGCAGCAGCGACGAAUUAGCAGUCUGUGGAGGCAUUUCCUAAAUCAAAGUUAAUUUGAGAAUGAGGAACAAGUAUGCAGUCAUCAUUAUCUGCAUUGUGGCACUUGUCAUCAUUGAAAAAGAAAACAACAUUAUUUCAAGGGUCUCAGACAAGCUGACACUUCGACGGACCCCUCAGACAGAGCCUCCAGUGCCCUACAAUGCUUCCAGCAGUCUGGUAGUAAUGGACUACAACAGUUCCUACCCAGAGGACGUGUAUGCUGAGAACGCCAUUCAGGCUGGUCGAAAGCACAUCCUCUUGAUGGCUACCACUCGUACAGGAUCUUCCUUCGUGGGCGAGUUCUUCAACCAACAAGGCGCCAACAUGUUUUACCUCUUUGAGCCGCUGUGGCACGUGGAGAGGAUGCUAUCGAUUGGCUCAAGUGGCACGAAUGCCAGCACUUCUGUUUGGGUGUACAGAGAUGUCCUGCAGCAUCUCUUCUUGUGUAACUUCUCCAUGUUGGAGCGCUUUAUCAGCCCUCCUCCGCGGGACCACGUCACCCCUUCCCUGUUCCGCAGAGAGUCCAGCAAGGCCCUGUGCGAGGAGCAAGUCUGCUCUCCGGUUGUAAAAGACGUUUUUGAGAGGUACCACUGCAAGACGAGACGAUGCGGGCCGCUCAAUCUGACCUUGGCUUCCGAGGUCUGCUCAGGAAAACAGCACAGGGUGAUCAAAACAGUGAGGGUCCGACAAUUAGACACACUUCGUUCUCUAAUAGAGGACCGUCGGUUGGAUAUCAAACUCAUUCAGCUGGUUAGAGACCCUCGAGCCAUCCUGGCAUCAAGGAUGGUGGCCUUUGCAAGUAAGUACCAGAACUGGAAAAGCUGGGCAGUCAAUGGAGAAAUUCCUAUAGAGGACGAAGAGGUCAAACGUCUCGAAGGAAACUGUAACAAUAUCCGCAUCUCUGCCGAGUUGGGUUUGAGUCAACCGGAGUGGCUGAAAAACCGUUACAUGUUAGUACGUUAUGAGGAUAUCGCCAGGUACCCCAUGCUGAAAGCAGCAGAAAUGUACAAUUUCACAGGGAUUCCGAUGACCACACAAGCACGGGAUUGGAUCCUCAAAAACACACACGCGUCGACCGAGGCAAGCGGUGUGUAUUCCACCCAAAAAAACUCUUCAGAACAGGUGGAGAAAUGGAGGCUUAGCAUUCCGUUCAAACUGGCCCAAGUUGUACAGAAAGUUUGUGGACCGACCAUGAAACUUUUUGGGUAUAGGUUUGUAGACAGUAAACAGACACUAUUGAACAGAUCUUUUAGUUUGCUUGAAGAAAAACAAUUUAUUUAGGCAAGGAUUGCAUCUAUGCAUACAUUGUUACAGGAAAACCAAGCGUGAAAUGUGACAAGGUUUUGUUUUUAUAUGUGGACUAAAAAAUAUGCAUAGCAGAGACACACUGGCACAAUGUAGCACACUGGGAUGUUGCUGAAAUUAUGAGUUAUAAUGACUGCAGAUGCCGUCAUAUGAAAACAAAAUUUGAUGAGGAUAAAAUCAUCUGUACUUAUAAGAUGAGACAUGAUCUGCCUGUGAAUGUGUAUAAUUGUGUGCGAAACAGUGUUUCCUUUUUCUGAAAAAAGCUAAAAGAUGAUACAAAAAUGGAAGUGAAACUGGUAUUUAUGUGUUGUGCUGCUGCUAAAAUUACUUUUGAUCACCAUUUCAAAUUGAAAUUAAAUCCCAAAAAUUGGCUUUUGAGAGUUUGUCAUCUCAUUAUUGUAAGAUAGAAUUUUUUAAAUGCAUCUGGAUAUUAUCAGACAUUACCUGAGAACAAACUUGCACUGUGCGAUGUGGCAGUCAGUAUAAAAGGCAGCUUUUGACAGCCAGCUGUGAUCCCAGAGUACAAUCAUAGCAUUAUUCUCUAAAAAACUGCAACGUAGAAUAGACCUUUGUCCACGCAUGUUGUUAAAUGUUUAAUAUUAUAAACGUUUUUUAAACACAAAAAUCGAAUAUGAGAAGUAAAAUAAUAACAACAGAAACGGCAAAAUACUGAAGAAAACACCAACACUGACUGUGUAGGCGCAGCAAACGAGGGAAAAAGCAGCACCAGUUUCUUUAGGACCCUUCAGUAUUCUUUGGCUGGAUUAAUGGAACUCUUUUAAAAAAGCAUAGCAUUCUUAAAAUAGCUGAAUAGCAUUUAGUUUCAACUAAAGCCCUCAUUUCAAAGCUAUUUCAAACAUCACAAUUUAUUUUUAGAAUGGCCGUCUGUGAAAUACUAUUAGGAAACACACAAGGUCUUUUAUCACUGCAUGAAAUCUACUGACCUUCUGGAAACAGUGAUGUCUUUUCCUAUCUCAGCACAGAUUUACUGAGAACCAGUGAUGUUCUCUCUGCACAAAUUAAAUGACUAAUCUUAACUAAAUAAUUCCAUCACCCUCAAACUAUUUCCUGGCCACGUAGAUACAGGAUACAGUAGUAUCUUCAUGCUUUUGUGUUUCAUUUCCACUGCAAGCAAGAAGUACAUCAUGCACAAUACAUUGUACUUCACAGAAAGAGUUGCUUCUCAGAACAAUAAGCCACAAAAACAUAAAUUCAUGUUUCUCUUUAAUUGUACUGCUGCUAUCUGUUUGCCACAAUAAAUAAUUUAGGAUCCGCUACCGCAUUCACUGGCACUGUAAGAUAAAUGUGCUUUCAAGAAUCUAACAUCUGUUAAACAAAGAGCGAGAGCGGAGUGUCUGUCUACACGCUGGCAUUUCACAAAAUAUGGGUUUAUUAUGAUCCACCAGUUGCAAUGUCCCUUGGAAUCAGAAUCCCCGAUUUAAUGAGUCUACGGGGAAAUUUUAUAUUGACAAAAGCUGCCGCUCUGCUUCAGCGUGCUCGCUGUGAUCGUCGCAUAGCCUUCGUGAAAGCUGAUUUCUACAAGCACAAACUGAAAAAUCGGUUCUCUGAAGUGUACGAUUUUGUGAUUUCUGUUGCUAGUUCACGUUAAGGACACAUGCAAAUGCGUGUUUCGUUGACACAGGACUUUCCUCCCCACCAAUCAAUAUCAAACACAUCUCUGAUGUCCGUACGUGCCAUAUGAAAACAAGUGUCACAGUUAUUUCUUUUCUAAGUAUGUUUUCUUUAAGUCGUUCCUGACUGAUUUGGGACUACUGUGAGAGCGUUGUGCAGGCAGGGCAACAGGAAAUCAGUCUCGAAGUGUAUGUGCAUGUGUUCCACUCUCUCAGGAUGUGCCACACCUUCUAAGUGGAGCUCUGUCCACACUAGGGCUCAGACGGCCGUUGAACAGGCCUUUCAUACUGUCUUUCCAAAGUUUCCAGUCUCUGAAGCACACAGCGCUGCCUGUUUACGGCUCAGAAGACUGCUGGCCUGCUAGAGCCUGAGCUGACUAAUCACAUGCAACACAGAGGGAUUAUUCCACUGACUCCAAUUGACUUAUUGAUGCCAUGCAAAUAACGUGAGGGGAAAAAUAACGUCUGAAACCGGACAAAAAGGUAUUUGUGAGGGGAAGGUAUUUUUGCUCGUGGAAAAUAAAAUCUCUUUUGGGAUAUUUCUGAGUCGUUGCUUAGUCAUGCAGUGUUGAUGUUUAUCUUUAGUGUCUGGUUGAACUCUGCACUGGAAAAGCGCGGGGAAAUACGUGGCUUGACCAAAGAGAGAGAGAGAGAGAGAGAGUUCUGACUUGUCUGCUUAUGCCAAUAAUUACCAUCAACAAACAAUAAAUACAGGGCCUGGAAAACCCUCUGAAUGGUGAAGAAUCUAUUCUUCAUGAUCUCACUACAAUAGUUCGCCCCAAAAUGA